AUGUUCUGCAUUCAAUUCGACGCAGCUGGCAUCUAUCUCGUCGGCACAGCAGCUGAACAAUUCCACGUCCCAUUCGAAGAGCUGAUAUCGUUCGCGGGAGGCGUCAUUGGUCUACUCGAGUACGGCCUCACCUGGAAAGUCCUCCUAGGAGUGCUAGGCCGUGCACGGCAUCAGCUAUGGCAUCGGCCAGACAUAUCGCUUGACCAACGACUUCCCCUCUGGAUCGAUAACUCGGGGCCUGUUCUCUAUGAGGUCCGCUACGGAGAAGAUUCAAUUCUGGUCAGAACCCAGAGCUUGGAGUCAUCUCGAUUCGGAAGAGCAAUCAAGGAGCAUUGGGAUGGGCGCAUGAUGAAGCCUAGCAAUUUGUGGAUCAUGAGGAUGGUCUUCGAAGCUUUCUUUGUUGGGCUUUGGCGGAACAUGCGACGUUUCAAGCUCCGCAAAUUCUGA